AUGGCUUCGCCCAACGAGCAGGUCGCGCCUCUUACUUAUUUUGGUGCCAUCACUGCCUUUCUUAUAGCCCAGAGAGAUCCUCAGCCCUCACCUCAGAUGUCACGGCACAAGAUGGCACCAGAGCAGGAAGACCACCCGCCCCAACGGGAUGUUGGUCGGGUACCUCAGAUUCCUGAUCCACCUCGGAUUCACCCAUCAUUUAUUGAAGUUGCGAGACCAUAUGUCUUUGAGGAGACGAUCCAAGGCUGUAUCGCGGCCAUGGGAGGAAAUCACACGCGUGAAGAAUCAUUGCGUCUCCAGGGGGUGGCCUGGAUUGAGAAUGUUCGGACUGCUCUUCACCUUCCUGUGCGCACAUACAAUACAGCUGCGGUGUAUUACCACCGUUUUCGCCUCGUGCACCACGAUAAUGAGUACAAUUGGGCUGAUGCCGCCGCCGCUGCUCUCUUCACUGCGUGCAAGAUUGAAGACACGCUGAAGAAGUCUCGCGAUAUUGUGUGCGCAGCAUACAACUCCAAGCUUCCAGUCUCGGAGCAGCUUACCCCUGAUGACCCGGUAUUUGAAAUGCAUGCGCGUAACGUAAUUGGUCUUGAAAGACUGAUGCUAGAGGCCUCGGGCUUUGACUUCCGGACACGCCAUCCUCAGAAGCUUCUAGCAAAGCUGGCCCGGCACUAUGGCAUCCCGCCAGAUUCAGAUGUAUCUUUCCUGGCAUACCGAAUUUCCGUGGACAUGUACCGAACAUUCGCGCCUCUGAAACAGAUCACGUCGACCAUGGCAUUUAGCUGUCUCGAGCUCGCAGGCCGGCUACUGGGUCAGCGUUCAGAGGCAGUUGAAUCCCAGGAAGACUAUGCAAAGUGGUAUACUAGUCGGGGGGCAGUCAUGGAAACACUCCUUGAUUUGCUCGAACUCUACACUCAUAGCCGCGCAUUGACCAAGGUCGGGCCUGAUUUUCCUGCGGAUCAUUUCCUUCAAAUCCGCAUCCCACUCAACCAGGAGGUAAAGGACAAGCAGAUUCCUCGCUUCACUAGUCCCUUCAAUGUGAUCGGGUCACCUGAGCAGAACGGUGCUCGCCCUCAAGUCCAGAACGAGCCCGGUCAGCAUCCUCUGACCCCAGUGGCUGCGAAUGGGGACCGUCGUGGGGCCAGUGAGCGUGGAAGAGAUGCUGCCGUGCGUUUCAUGCUUGACCCAGCCUGUGCGGAGAAGGAAAAGAGACAGGUUGCGGAAUAUUUCAAGGUUGAGAUGGAAGAGUACGAGGUUGAUGACUGA